GACCAGCUGUCGUUAUGCUUUUGCAUAAGUUUCCUGUAAGAAUUGAAACCAAAUCAAUGUCCUUAAGUUUGGAGGAAUAAAAAUGUCAUGAGGGGGAACUCAACUCGCUUUGCUUGGGGGCCACUUUUGCAAAAUGACAGGGGCCCAGGGGCCACAGCAGCCCCGUACAUGUUUCUAGGACUUUAGGUUUGGAAAUGAACAAAAUCUACCGGCCACUCAGCAGAUUACUGUUUGUGUUUUUUGGCUUUAAGCUGAGGAUCACUUCUCUGCAGAGAUCUCUGCACGUUUUCUCAUGAAUACAGUGAAGUCAGUUUUUCUGCGAGGUGCUGAAACUUGUUAACUUUUUAAGUUUGAAGGUGUGGCCUAUAAUUAUUCUGCUCUGUCGCUGUUGCAGGUGCAACAACAUGGACUUGCCGUACGGUCCACUGGGUCUGGGUCUGGUAGCAGGACUCAGCUGUGGGCUCCUCAUCGGCUGGCAGCUUCGGGCUCGCUUGGGCUCCACAUCCAAAACCCUGAUGACGGCGAUGGGGAACGGCACCGGUGAAGCGAGCGUGAUGGGAGAAGGCGGCGAGUUCAAGAUGAUACUGGUGGUCCGAAACGACCUGAAGAUGGGUAAAGGGAAGGUGGCCGCCCAGUGCUCCCACGCCGCCGUGUCGGCUUACAAACAGGUUCAGCGCAGGAAGCCGGAGCUUCUGAAGCAGUGGGAGUACUGCGGCCAGCCCAAGGUGGUGGUGAAGGCGCCCGAUGAGGACACCCUGAUUGAACUGCUCGCUCACGCCAAAGAAGUUGGGCUUCCCGUCAGCCUGAUUCAGGACGCAGGAAGGACACAAAUUGCGCCCGGAUCGCGCACCGUGCUGGGUAUCGGUCCAGGCCCGGCGGAUCUGGUGGACAAAGUCACUGGAGACCUGAAGCUCUACUAGAGUUCCAGCAUCAGGCCGACCUGCUUACGACGUCUUUGUGUUAUAACUAUUUGCAAUGCAAACGAAGGAGUUUUUUUUUUGUACAAUAAACAAUCAAUUAUAUGUUAAAUACUUGAAAUUUUUGGUGCAGUUUUGGACACACGAGCCUUUCACAUUUGAUGACUCUUGGAAAAAAGCAGUAAAAAAAGCUUGAUGUGUAAUAUUUUACUGUGAUACUUCAUUGACAGAAACAAAAGGCACUACAAACACUGUUCAGAGUACAUUUACAUGUAAAAAAUAUUCAUUUUUUU